AUGACAUCACUCGUGCCGUACCAAGCUGAAUACAUUGAUCUCGCCCUCCAGUGGAAUAUUCUGCGUUUUGGUGGGCCGUAUACGCUAAAAUCUGGUCGCCAAUCUCCCUACUUCUUCAAUGCCGGUCUCUUCAACUCUGGUAUGAAGCUUCAAAAGAUGGCUGAGUGCUAUGCCAAUCGCAUCGUCGAUAGCGGCGUCGAGUUUGACGUGCUCUUUGGUCCCGCCUACAAGGGUAUUCCGCUCGUUGCUGCUACGGCUCUAGCGCUGUCCAAGAACCACGGCCGCGAUGUCAACUUCUGCUUCAACCGUAAGGAGGCCAAGACCCACGGCGAAGGUGGUAACUUGAUUGGUGCCCCCCUUAAGGGCCGCGUCCUGGUGAUCGAUGAUGUCAUUACCGCAGGCACUGCUAUCAAUGAGGCCGUUGACAUUAUCAAUGCCCAAGAAGAUGCGAAGCUCGUGGGUGUCGUCAUUGCUCUCGAUCGCCAGGAGCGCGCGUCAGACGACACCACGGAAAGUGCCAUUACGCAGGUCGAAAAGCGUUUGGGCAUCAAGGUGUACAGUGUGGUGACGCUUGAGCAGAUCAUCAAGCACAUGGAAUCAACGCGCGGUGACGCGGCUCGUGCCGACAUUGAAAGCAUGCGAGCCUACCGCGAGCGCUACGGAUCAUCGUAG